AUGGCAUCAGCUGAGCUCUCCAAGCUAUGCAUCUGCAUUGUCACAUUGCUCUCUUUGGCAAUGCAUGCUAUGUCUGCACAAACGCAAUCCCAACCCACAAUCACAAACGACGUCAAGCCUACAGAUGAGCAGCUCAUUUCCCUACCUGCUUCAUCUCCAUCUCCAUCUCCUUACCCCGAAAACCUGGCUCCCGAAAGCGGAGGCUAUGUGGUCUCUUUACCAGAACCAGAUUCGUACAAUCCUCCACCACCACCACCACAAGAACCUUACAUUGAAGCCUUGUCCCCUGAAACUCAAGAUGACCAGCUUCUCCCUCCAGACUACUCUCCCUCCCCUGCACCUUCCCUCCAAGAAUACUUGGGUGCUUCCGAUCAAAUCACAGACUACCCUUCUCCUCCUCCUCCUCCUCCUCCAUACACUGAAGUUGAAGCUCCUGAAGGUUACUCUGAGACUUACAGUCCAGUUCAAUCUCAAGCACCUGCACAAUCUUCAAAGCCGGGCUCUAAUGAGUUGCCCUUCAACUACAAAGCUGACUACGAGAGUGAGUUUGAUGCACAAGAUUUUAAUGAUUCAGAUGAGAGUAAGAACAGAGGAACAAUGGUGGGUUUUGUUCUUGGGGCUGUUUGCUUGGUUGGCUUGGCAGGUCUUGUGUACAAGAAGAAGGAUAAGAAGUACACUAAGGCAAAAGCAGAGUAUGAGUAUGAAUUGACUAAGAGAGAGGAUGCUUGA